AUGGAUGGCAUCAUUGAGCAGAAGAAUCUGAUGCACAGUAAGAUCAAUGAUGCUGGCAAGAGGAAUGGCUUAAUUAACACCAGAAACUUCAUGGCUGAGAGCAGAGAUGGCCUGGUGUCUGUUUACCCAACACCCCAGUACCAGAACUGCCUGCUGCUGGGCAGUGCAGCAGCAGCCACCCUGGACAGCGGCAGGAGUGAGCCGGUCCAGCAGCUGCUGGACCCCAACACCCUGCAGCAGUCAGUAGAAUCCCACUACCAUCCUAACAUCAUCCUCUACUCCGAGGGCAUGCUGCGCUCCUGGGGGGAUGGCGUGGCUGCCGACUGCUGCGAGACCACCUUCAUUGAGGACCGGUCACCCACCAAAGAGAGUCUGGAGUACCCCGAUGGGAAGUUCAUUGACCUGUCAGCUGAUGACAUCAAAAUCCACACCCUCUCCUAUGAUGUGGAGGAGGAAGAGGAAUUUCAGGAUCUGGAGAGCAACUACUCCAGUGACACAGAGAGCGAGGACAACUUUCUCAUGAUGCCUCCCCGGGACCACCUGGGUCUCAGCGUCUUCUCCAUGCUCUGCUGCUUCUGGCCUUUGGGCAUUGCAGCCUUCUACCUGUCCCACGAGACCAACAAAGCCGUGGCCAAGGGAGACUUCCACCAGGCCAGCACCAGCUCUCGGCGGGCCCUCUUCCUGGCCGUGCUCUCCAUCACCAUCGGAACUGGCAUCUACGUGGGCGUGGCCGUGGCCCUCAUUGCCUACCUCUCCAAGAACAAUCACCUAUGA